AACCCACCCACUCGACCUCCGCAUUUCACCCCUCUUGGCCUCCUCUCCUCUCCUCUUCCACCACCACCCGCCGCCGCCGCCUCCGCCGCGUGGUUCGCCUCCGCCGCCCGAUCCCCUCCUCCGGGCUCGCGCCUCGAGCCGGAGCGCCGCAGUUGGGAGAUGGCUGGGUAUAUGUCAAGAGGCCCCCCAAAUGGCUCUGUUUAUGUGUGCAAUCUGCCUCCUGGAACCGAUGAGACCAUGCUGGCCGAUUAUUUUGGCACCAUAGGGUUGCUGAAGAAGGAUAAAAGGACCGGUCGUCCAAAAAUCUGGAUUUACAGGGACAAGGUUACCAAUGAACCAAAGGGUGACGCGACAGUCACCUAUGAAGACCCACAUGCUGCUUCAGCUGCAGUAGAAUGGUUCAAUAACAAGGAUUUCCAUGGAAGCACCAUUCAGGUCCAUAUAGCUGAGUCAAAAAACAAAGACACAUAUGACAACUCGGCGAGUUUGAACAACUCUGCUGGCCUUGGUGGACAAGAUGAAUUGGACAACGGGGCAGGCAGAGGGAGAGGGCACGGUGAUGGUCCAGGAAAAGCCUGGCAGCAAGAUGGGGAUUGGCUGUGCCCAAAUACAAGUUGUGGCAAUGUAAACUUUGCCUUUCGUGGUGUCUGUAAUCGCUGUGGAGCUGCUCGCCCUGCCGGUGUUAGUGGAUCAGGUGCCGGUGGUGGUGGUAGGGGUAGAGGCCGUGGAAGUGACGAUGCAAAAGGAGGCAGCCGUGCUGCUGCUGUUGGUGGUCCUCCUGGACUGUUUGGUCCAAAUGAUUGGUCAUGCCCAAUGUGUGGCAACAUAAAUUGGGCAAAGCGGAUGAAAUGUAAUAUCUGUAACACCACUAAGCCAGGUCACAAUGAAGGUGGUGUGAGAGGAGGCCGGGGUGGUGGGUAUAAAGAACUUGAUGAAGAAGAACUAGAGGAAGUUAAAAGGCGCCGCAAAGAGGCUGAAGAGGAUGACGGGGAGAUGUAUGAUGAAUUUGGCAACCUCAAAAAGAAAUUCCGUGCUAAAACACAGCAAACUGAAAAUGCACCAACCCUUCCUGGGUCUGGACGGGCUGGAUGGGAGGUUGAGCAACGUGGUUCAACUAGAAGAGAAAGCAGGGAAAGGAGCAGAGAUCGAGGCAGAGACCAUGACUACAAUGAACGGGAUAGCAGGAACAGAGAUAGAGGCAGUCAUGGGAGAGAGCGGCGCCGAAGCCGAAGUAGAAGUAGAGACCGUGAGAAGGAAAGAGGGAGGGACAGGGGCAGAGACCACAGCUAUGAGAGGAGCUGGGAGCGAGGAGCCGAGCGUGACCGUGAUCGCUAUAGGUGAAUACUUCAUGCCAGGAUCAUCACACGCUGCAUGCCGAUUUUUGGUUUUCCGAUACUUCUGUUUUGUUGCUGGAUAGCUAUGCUGCUUCAGCUAUUUCUGUUGGAUGCGGUUGCACAUUGUCUGUCUUAGCCUGAUGACAGUUUAUAUCUUCGGACUUCUCGAUGAACUAGACCACUAAGCUCUGAUUAAAUGUGCUAUGUACCUUGGGAGUAUUUUUCAUGUAAGAUUUUACCGUGAAUGCUGUCCACCUGGAACUGGGAAUUAAUUUUAAGGAUAUUGGUUUGGAAUCCAA